AUUUCCGUUUUAGUCAGUACAGUGUCCUAUUACCAAUUUUGCCUACAACUAAUGAUCACGUAAUACGUAAGUUAAAAUUAUAAGCCGCAAAAUGCUCGGAUGCUUAGUUUGGCUAUAUGGUUUACGAGAACACAGUAUAAAAUUGAACAGAUAUUGGAGUGCUUCAUUGUUUGUUAUUUAGCUUGCUUUGGCGACCAAUGGAAGUGUGACGACCAACACUGCAUCGCUCGCGCUGCGCGCUGCAACGGUAUAAGAGAUUGCCCUGACGCCUCAGACGAGCUUUUCUGCAACCAUCGCUGUGAACCGCACGAGUUUCAGUGCAACAAUGGGCGCUGCAUUCUACUGAUGUGGCGUUGUGAUCUCGACAACGACUGUGGAGAUGCCAGUGAUGAGGCCAACUGCGGCCUCUUAAUGCCAGGAGACGUGUGUCCUCCGAGGUAUUUCACCUGCCACAAUGGCCAGCAAUGCAUCGCUCGGUCACAUCACUGCAACGGCCGCUCGGAGUGCGGCGACGGGUCCGACGAACUGGGAUGCGUGGCCGCGAACAUCACGCAACCGCCGCCCAUCUCCCACGCGGCGCCGCUUUACUCCACUUUCGAACUCACAUGCCAGGCGAACGGAGUCCCUCUGCCCGUCAUCGUCUGGAGGUUCAACUCAAGGCACCUGCCGUCUAAUUGCGUCCAAACGAACAACAACGGGCGCAGCACCAUGCGUUGCGUUAACAUCAACCGAUCGAACCAAGGCACCUACUCCUGUGAGGCUCAUAACAUCUUGGGCAGCGCGAUGGCUCAGCCAAACACAUAUUUGGCAAUAAGAGAGAAACCUGAGAUUUGCUUCCCUCCGUCCUUUAACGAUAAUGCCGACACUUUAGACGAGUGUAUCGAGUGUUUCUGUUUUGGGGCAUCCAAAACAUGUACUUCUAGUAAACGUACCAAGGCUCGGUUUCCUUUGCCCGAGGACGUUAAACUGGAUGUCGUAUCCCCUCACUUCACCCACGAGCCGAGGGGCAGGACCAGUUCGUUAGACAACUCACCUGGUUACUCAGGCAAGACUCCGACUGUGGUAGAAAGCUCCACGGCCUCCGCAUAUUACUUCAGCCUGCCUUCAAUGUACCUGGGCAACCUCCUCAACUCCUACGGCAGCCGCUUGCACUACCAGACGCUCUCCGCUGCUCCCACUCUGCCCUUCUCUUACCCUGACGCCGUCAUCUCGGGCAACAACGUAACUUUAGUGUACUACGCCACGUAUGGCUACGGGCAAGCCGUGCGACAGAACCGGUCCGUGCCCCUGGACCCGAACGAAUGGUAUCUGGCCGCCGAAAAACGCAUCACUGCCACCAGGCAUCACAUGAUGGUCGUCCUCCAAAACACCACCAGAUUCCUCAUCAGGGCAGUGCCACACGCCUCCGGCACGGGAUUGGCUCUGGCGUCUCGGUUUCUGCUAGACACAGCAGGCCGCCUGGACCCCGCCAGCGGGGUGAUAGAGCGGGUGUCGAGCGUCGAGGAGUGCCAGUGUCCAAGAGGUUACACUGGAUCUUCAUGCGAGACUUGCGAAGUCGGUUUUCACCGGAAAUCCAGCCAGCGCUUCCCGUACGGCCAAUGUCUACCCAACUCCGAGUAACUAUUGGCCCCACAUGCUGUCUUUCCUUUAGUGUAGACAUAGAAAUUGAAUGGCGCCGUGAUACUUGAAGUUCAGGUGAUAAUUUUGUGCUAGUGUAUUACAUUUCUUUCAGUGAGUGAUUGUUGUUAUGACAACAAAUGUCUCAACAUUCAUUAAACAUGAAUGGGUGAUGGUGAGGGUGUCAAGUGAAAGAGUCGUAUUUAUCAACCUGGCCUCAAAUAUGUAACGUAUGAAUAACAAUAUAUGGGGCAAAUUGCAGAACGGAAGUGAACUUGGUCUUUCUUGAACUCACCGUAGUGGGAAACACGUCCUAACCACAACCUGACGUCCUAAUCAUAAGCUGACGUCCUAACCAUAACCUGACGUCCCAACCAUAACCUGACGUCCUAAUCAUAACCUGACGUCCUAACCAUAACCUGACGUCCUAACCAUAACCUGACGUCCUAACCAUAACCUGACGUCCUAACCAUAACCUGACGUCCUAACCAUA